CAGUCGGUGCGUGCCCCCUUUUAAACGAUGAUGUAGCACGCCGUCCGAAUAAUAUCUCGUGCUACUCGUCGGCCAAGAUCACUGUCGCGAUCGAGAUCGAGCACGUGUCCCGUUCCAAGGGCCACGGUUGAUCGUUGCGAUUCGCGCGUCUGUACAUUUUGCCGAGAAGUGGGCCGUGUCUUGAGAAAGAAGAAGUGCUCGAGAGGCCUGGGAUCUUUCUUCGAGUCUUCCUUUCUUCGUUUGUUCUUCGCUCGAUAAUCGACUGGUCCCGCGAUCUGUGGACAAGUUGUUCGUGUUACACCUGACUUUAACAAGAGAUCGAGACAGUGACAGUCAUGGUUGAGCCUGUGAAAGCGGAGGAAGGCGAGCGUCCUAAGAUCACGGCCUUCGACGACAUCCUGCCGUACGUAGGCGAGGCCAGCCGCUACCAAUGGUUCCUUUUCUUCUUGCUCCUGCCCUUCACCUUCGUUUACGCGUUCCUCUACUUCACACAGUUCUUCAUCACGCUGGUGCCGGCCGAGCACUGGUGCACCGUGCCGGACCUCGAUGGAUGGAAUCUCACGGACCACGAAAAGAUCGCGUUAUCGAUACCUCCAGCAUCGACCGAAGAGUUGAAGAUGGAAGGUGCCACUGCGUUUUCGCGAUGCAGCAUGUACAACGUAAAUUACAAGGAAUUAUUGGAAAACGGUACCAGAACAGCCGAUCACUCGUGGCCCAUCAGAACAUGUCAGCACGGAUGGACUUUCAAUCACACGAUGAUACCAUACAAAUCCAUAGCCGUCGAGCUGGAAUGGGUCUGCGAUCAGGCUUUCCUAAGCUCCGCAGCCCAAUCGGCCUUCUUCGUGGGUAGCAUCCUCGGCGGCUUGAUAUUCGGUUACAUAGCCGACCAUUAUGGCAGGAUUCCAGCGUUGGUCGCCUGCAACACGGUAGGAUUCGUCGCUUCCGUGGCCACGGCGUUUUGCAACAAUUUCUGGAGUUUCUGUCUGGCAAGAAUGAUCGUCGGAACGUCGUUCGAUAAUUGCUUUAACGUUCUUUUUAUUAUCGUGAUCGAGUACGUCGGCCCGAAAUACCGAACACUGGUAGCGAACAUGUCCUUCGGGUUUUAUUUCGCGGCAGCUGCGAGCCUUCUGCCUUGGAUCGCUUAUUGGAUCGCCGAUUGGAGGAUUCUAAGCAUAGCCACCGCCUGUCCCAUGGUGGUCGCUUUCUUCGGGCCGUGGAUCGUUCCUGAGAGCGCACGUUGGUACAUCACCAGCGGCCAUAUCGACAAGGCGAUCGCGAUGUUGAAGAAGUUCGCGAAAGUGAACGGCAAGGAGGUGAAACAGGAGAUAUUCGACGAGUUCGAGAAGAGUUGCAAGUCGAUGAUAGAGAAGGACAAAUCGCAUAAUCAGUACACCGUCCUGCACCUCUUCAAGUUACCACGCCUUGCUCGUAUCACAGUCAUGCUCAUCAUUUACUGGCUCCUCAUGGUGUGGGUGUUCGACGGCCACGUCUGGAACAUGAAGCUUCUGGACCCCAACGUCUUCAUGUCCUUCUCUUUGGCCUCUCUUACCGAACUUCCCGCCGCCAUUCUUCUUGCACUCUUUCUGGACAGGUGGGGCCGACGAUGGAUGGGUUUCGCGUCCAUGUUCCUGUGCGGAAUCUUCUCCUUUAUCGCCGUGGUCACUCCGCCUGGUGCGACAACCGUCGGUAUGGCGAUCGUAGCGCGUCUCGGAGUCAAUAUCGCCGGAAAUAUUGGCUUCCAAUACGCCGCGGAAAUGCUACCAACCGUGGUGCGAGCCCAAGGAGUGUCCUUGAUCCACAUCAUUGGUUACUUUGCACACAUAUUGGGUCCGUACAUCAUUUAUCUGGCUGACAUUAAUCCGCAUCUGCCGCUCAUUGCACUGGGUCUGCUGUCCUUCUGUCACGCCUUCUUGACCCUCGGUUUACCAGAAACCUUAAAUCAAGACUUGCCAGAGACUCUUCAGGAGGGCAACGAUUUUGGCAGAGAUCAAAGCUUCUGGUGGAUACCUUGCGUAUCCUCGAGCCAGAAACUGAAGAAGUCCUACAGGAAAAAGAAUGGCCUGUCGAAUCCAGCCUUCAUCGGCAGUGUUCAAAAGAUCGACUGCACUAGAUUAUAGCGAUCGUUAGACGAUGACGAGUACCGGCCGGUAAAACUUGCCAAAUCCUUUGUAAAUAUAGUUAUUAAACAGCGAGUGUGAUGUUAGGUGUUAAGAUAUGUUGAAAACGUUGUGAGAGAUUUUAAGAAACAUUGAAGGAAAAUGUCAACGCUGCGCGCAGAGCGCAAAGAGGGAGACGAGAAUCUUCGGAUUACAUAGGUAUUAUCCUGCUUCGAGAAAAUGAUCUUUGAAAACGACCGUAAAUUGCUGGCGAUGUCAGUGCAUUCGCUCUUUUAAAAUUAUAGACUAAAGAGCCGUUUUAUCUCGUUACAUAGUCUCAGAGCUUCUUUAGGAUUAAUGACGCGGUACGUUUCUUCUGCUCGUAAUUUGAUAAGAGCAUUAACGCAAUUCGAACGUUGCUUCGGAUAUCUCCAGAGAUGAUCUUCUGGAAGCAGGACUGGAUACACCGUAACGAUCUAUUGGAAUAACAUCCAACCACGUGUUCAACCUAUGUACGAGCUCUUGUCUUCCUUGUACGAGGACAUGUUACAGUAUUUUUAUAUUUGCUCAGUGGAUCGAAAGGAAACAAUGGCUGUUGAGCAUCUAUUUGCUAAUUGAAAGUUGACUCAUUUAUGGAGAUACUAUUAUCGCCAAGUAUCGCCAGGAAUCGUUACAAAACUCGAGCUGUAGCGUUCGUCUAUAAGUAGCCCGCAAUUAAACGAACCAAUACAUACGUAGACCACUUCCUUCCGUCGCCGUACCGUCGACUUGUUUUCACGUAUUCAUAGCAAUUCAUCAUUUAUGCGAACCGUUAGCAUAUUCAGCGAUUCGUUCUAGUUUCGAACCGACUUACGAAACGUUUGAUUGUUGCAAGUAAAUUCUCAUCCGCGAAGAAACACGAAUUUAUUUCCGUCUAUAUUUUUUUUUUUUUUUUUUAACUACUUUCAUUCCUUCGAUCCUGUUCACACUAAAUGCUCAAUUCGUAUCGCAUCGCAGUUCAACGAUGAUUCUAGAACUGCUUAGAAUCGUAUUAGUGUCAUCCGCGUACUUACGAGACUAGUCCCCGCUUUCAGUCCUUCGAUUAUUCAAAUUCAUACGCUGCGAGACGAAGAUGUUCGAUCGGUGAGAUUUUCUCUGUUACUUCGCCAUCGAGUUCAGGAAUUUUCGCAAGCAAGCACGCAUCGCGAUAGUUGUCUCGAAACUGUAAAUAACUGUUUAAACCAUCCCAGCUUCUCCUAGAACGUUCGAGUAUUCGCGAAGCUGUUGUCCGUUCAACGACUCGUAAUUUAUGUAACUAUAUGUACAUUCAAAGCCCCUGGAUUGCAAAAGUGAAGCCGAUCUAGAGGCGCGCUAGAAAAUAUACAAUCGUCGACGAAGACCAACGUGUAUAUUUAACAAUAAGUAUAGAUGCGUUUAGCGGUUUAGUCAAUCGUUCAGAGAAUAUUGACACUUGAAAACAAACCCAAAAGUAUUUCUACAUCGAGGAUUGUACGUACUUUAUUUUCAUCACUGUUUCGUGUGAAAGUUCAGGGAGAGACAAUUGCCAAUAAAUAUAAGUCGUAUAUUCUUCGA